CACGCCGCCCGCGCCUGACGCCCCGCCCGGUCCCGCCCGCCCGCCCGCCGGCCGCGGUCCUCCCCCUCCCUCCCCUCCUUCCCUCCCCUCCCCCGGGGGAGCAGCUUCUGGAGCGGCCCAGAAACGAGGUGCGGCCUCCGCCCAGGCUGGGGGGCGCCCGGGCCCGCGAGGGGGACCCCCCGCCAUGGCCGCGUCGGAGCUCUACACAAAGUUUGCCAGGGUUUGGAUACCUGAUCCUGAGGAAGUUUGGAAGUCAGCAGAGUUGCUCAAAGAUUAUAAGCCUGGAGAUAAAAUUCUCCUGCUUCACUUGGAGGAAGGAAAGGAUUUGGAGUACCGUCUAGAUCCCAAAACCAAGGAGCUGCCUCACUUACGAAACCCAGACAUCCUUGUUGGUGAAAAUGACCUCACAGCCCUCAGCUACCUUCAUGAGCCUGCUGUGCUCCAUAAUCUCAGAGUCCGUUUUAUUGACUCCAAACUUAUUUAUACAUACUGUGGAAUCGUCCUAGUAGCUAUAAAUCCCUAUGAACAGCUGCCCAUCUAUGGAGAAGACAUCAUCAAUGCAUACAGUGGUCAGAACAUGGGGGACAUGGAUCCCCACAUCUUUGCAGUGGCUGAAGAAGCUUAUAAGCAAAUGGCUAGAGAUGAACGAAAUCAGUCCAUCAUUGUAAGUGGAGAAUCUGGAGCAGGAAAAACUGUCUCGGCUAAGUAUGCCAUGAGAUACUUUGCCACCGUGAGUGGCUCUGCCAGUGAGGCCAAUGUGGAGGAGAAGGUCCUGGCCUCCAACCCCAUCAUGGAGUCAAUUGGAAAUGCUAAAACAACCAGGAAUGACAAUAGCAGCCGUUUUGGGAAGUAUAUUGAGAUUGGCUUUGAUAAACGAUAUCGAAUCAUUGGUGCCAAUAUGAGAACUUACCUUUUAGAGAAAUCCAGAGUGGUAUUCCAGGCAGAAGAAGAGAGAAACUACCAUAUCUUCUAUCAGCUCUGUGCUUCAGCAAAGUUACCUGAAUUUAAAAUGCUACGAUUAGGAGAUGCAAAUAACUUCCAUUACACAAAGCAAGGAAGUAGUCCUGUGAUUGAAGGAGUGGACGAUGCAAAGGAGAUGGCCCACACCAGGCAGGCCUGCACUCUGCUGGGGAUUAGUGAAUCUUAUCAAAUGGGAAUUUUUCGAAUACUCGCCGGCAUCCUUCACUUAGGCAAUGUUGGAUUUACAUCUCGAGAUUCAGACAGUUGCGCAAUCCCUCCCAAACACGAACCUCUGAGCAUCUUCUGUGACCUCAUGGGCGUGGAUUAUGAGGAGAUGUCCCACUGGCUCUGCCACCGGAAGCUGGCCACGGCCACCGAGACAUACAUCAAGCCCAUCUCCAAGCUGCAGGCCACAAAUGCCCGCGACGCUUUGUCCAAGCACAUCUAUGCCAAGCUUUUCAGCUGGAUUGUAGAUCAUGUCAAUCAGGCGCUCCACUCUGCUGUGAAGCAGCACUCUUUUAUUGGGGUACUGGACAUUUAUGGGUUUGAAACAUUUGAGAUAAAUAGUUUUGAACAGUUUUGCAUAAAUUAUGCAAAUGAGAAACUACAGCAACAAUUCAACAUGCAUGUCUUCAAACUGGAACAAGAAGAAUAUAUGAAAGAACAAAUCCCGUGGACACUCAUAGAUUUUUAUGAUAAUCAGCCAUGUAUUAAUCUAAUAGAAUCAAAGCUGGGUAUUCUAGACCUGCUGGAUGAGGAAUGCAAGAUGCCCAAAGGUACAGAUGACACUUGGGCCCAGAAAUUGUACAACACGCACUUGAACAAAUGUGCACUCUUUGAAAAGCCCCGUCUGUCAAACAAAGCUUUCAUCAUCCAACAUUUUGCUGACAAAGUUGAAUACCAGUGUGAAGGCUUUCUUGAAAAGAACAAAGAUACUGUUUUUGAAGAACAAAUUAAGGUUCUUAAGUCAAGCAAGUUUAAGAUGCUACCAGAACUUUUUCAAGAUGAUGAAAAGGCCAUCAGCCCAACAUCAGCCACCUCUUCGGGACGCACACCCCUCAGCCGCACUCCGGUAAAGCCCACCAAAGGCAGACCAGGCCAGAUAGCCAAAGAGCACAAGAAAACAGUGGGGCACCAGUUCCGCAACUCCCUUCACCUGCUGAUGGAGACCCUCAAUGCCACCACCCCUCAUUAUGUACGCUGUAUCAAGCCCAAUGACUUCAAGUUUCCCUUCACGUUUGAUGAGAAGAGGGCCGUUCAGCAGCUGAGAGCAUGCGGCGUCCUGGAAACCAUCCGAAUCAGUGCAGCAGGCUUCCCCUCCCGGUGGACUUAUCAGGAAUUUUUCAGCCGUUACCGCGUCCUAAUGAAGCAAAAGGAUGUACUGGGUGACAGAAAGCAAACCUGCAAGAAUGUGUUAGAGAAACUCAUACUGGACAAGGACAAAUAUCAGUUUGGUAAGACAAAGAUCUUUUUCCGGGCUGGUCAAGUGGCCUAUCUAGAAAAGCUCAGGGCAGACAAACUGAGGGCUGCCUGCAUCCGGAUCCAGAAAACCAUCCGAGGGUGGCUGCUGAGGAAGAAGUACCUGCGGAUGCAGAGGGCCGCCAUCACUGUGCAGAGAUAUGUGCGGGGCUACCAGGCUCGAUGUUAUGCUAAGUUUCUGCGCAGAACCAAGGCAGCCACCAUCAUUCAGAAGUACUGGCGCAUGUAUGUGGUCCGCAGGAGGUACAAAAUUAGACGAGCUGCCACUAUUGUUCUUCAGUCACGUUUGCGAGGCUACUUGGCCAGAAACCACUAUCACAGAAUACUCCGUGAGCACAAAGCAGUCAUCAUUCAGAAGUGGGUCCGGGGCUGGCUGGCUCGCAAACACUACAAGAGGAGCCUGCGAGCCAUCAUCUACCUUCAGUGCUGCUUUCGGCGGAUGAUGGCCAAGCGUGAGCUAAAGAAACUCAAAAUCGAGGCUCGCUCUGUGGAGCGCUACAAGAAGCUCCACAUUGGCAUGGAGAACAAGAUCAUGCAGCUGCAGCGUAAGGUGGAUGAGCAGAAUAAAGACUACAAAUGCCUCAUGGAGAAACUGACCAGUCUGGAAGGAGCAUACAGCUCUGAGACUGAGAAAUUACGAAAUGACUUAGAACGUCUCCAGCUAAGCGAAGAGGAGGCUAAGGUUGCCACUGGACGGGUCCUGAGUCUACAGGAAGAAAUUGCCAAACUUCGGAAAGACCUGGAACAAACCCAGUCAGAGAAAAAAUCCAUUGAGGAACGAGCUGAUAAAUAUAAACAAGAAACCGAGCAGCUGGUAUCAAACCUGAAGGAAGAAAACAGUUUGCUGAAACAGGAGAAAGAAGUCCUCAAUCACCGCAUUGUGGAGCAGGCGAAGGAGAUGACAGAAACGAUGGAGAAGAAGUUAGUAGAAGAAACAAAACAACUGGAACUUGAUCUAAAUGAUGAGCGGCUGAGGUAUCAAAACCUUCUGAAUGAGUUCAGUCGCCUUGAAGAACGAUAUGAUGACCUCAAGGAAGAGAUGACCUUGAUGGUGAAUGUGCCUAAGCCUGGACACAAGAGAACAGAUUCUACCCACAGCAGCAAUGAGUCUGAAUAUACCUUUAGCUCUGAAAUGGCAGAAACAGAAGACAUCCCAUCAAGGACAGAGGAGCCAAGUGAAAAGAAAGUGCCUCUGGACAUGUCCUUGUUCCUCAAGCUACAGAAGCGAGUCACAGAGCUGGAGCAGGAGAAGCAGGUGAUGCAGGAUGAGCUCGACCGCAGGGAGGAGCAAGUGCUGCGCAGCAAGGCCAAGGAAGAAGAAAGACCACAACUUAGAGGUGCAGAACUGGAAUAUGAGUCCCUCAAGCGUCAAGAACUAGAGUCAGAAAACAAGAAACUGAAAAAUGAGCUCAAUGAGUUACGCAAAGCCCUCAGUGAGAAAAGCGCUCCAGAGGUGACGGCUCCCGGUGCGCCUGCCUACCGCGUCCUCAUGGAGCAGCUGACCUCGGUGAGUGAGGAGCUGGACGUCCGCAAGGAGGAGGUCCUCAUCCUGCGGUCUCAGCUGGUCAGCCAGAAAGAGGCCAUCCAGCCCAAGAAUACAAUGACAGAUGCCACAAUACUUUUGGAAGAUGUACAAAAAAUGAAAGACAAAGGCGAAAUAGCACAAGCAUACAUUGGUUUGAAGGAAACAAACAGAUCAUCUGCUAUGGAUUGCCAUGAGUUGAAUGAGGAUGGAGAGCUGUGGCUGGUUUAUGAAGGGUUAAAACAAGCCAACAGGCUCUUGGAAUCCCAGCUGCAGUCACAGAAGAGGAGCCAUGAGAACGAGGCCGAGGCCCUCCGUGGGGAGAUCCAGAGCCUGAAGGAGGAGAACAAUCGGCAGCAGCAGCUGCUGGCCCAGAACCUGCAGCUGCCCCCAGAGGCCCGCAUCGAGGCCAGCCUGCAGCACGAGAUCACUCGGCUGACCAACGAGAACCUGUAUUUUGAGGAAUUAUAUGCAGAUGACCCUAAGAAGUAUCAGUCCUAUCGGAUUUCACUUUACAAACGGAUAAUUGAUCUGAUGGAACAGCUUGAAAAACAGGAUAAGACUGUCCGGAAACUAAAAAAACAACUGAAACUAUUUGCCAAGAAAAUUGGUGAACUGGAAGUGGGCCAGAUGGAGAACAUAUCUCCCGGGCAGAUCAUCGAUGAGCCCAUCCGUCCAGUCAACAUUCCCAGGAAAGAAAAGGAUUUCCAAGGAAUGCUGGAAUACAAGAAGGAGGAUGAGCAGAAGCUGGUCAAGAACCUGAUUCUCGAACUGAAGCCACGUGGUGUAGCAGUCAACUUGAUCCCAGGGCUACCAGCGUACAUCUUGUUCAUGUGUGUGAGACAUGCUGACUACCUGAACGAUGAUCAGAAAGUGAGGUCAUUGCUCACAUCAACAAUCAACAGCAUCAAAAAAGUGUUGAAGAAAAGAGGUGAUGAUUUUGAAACUGUCUCCUUCUGGCUCUCUAACACAUGCCGAUUUUUGCACUGUUUGAAGCAGUACAGUGGAGAAGAGGGCUUCAUGAAGCAUAACACAUCUCGCCAGAAUGAACACUGCCUCACCAAUUUUGACCUUGCUGAGUAUCGGCAAGUGCUGAGUGACUUGGCCAUUCAGAUUUACCAACAGCUGGUACGGGUGUUAGAGAACAUCCUUCAGCCAAUGAUCGUGUCAGGCAUGCUGGAGCACGAGACGAUUCAGGGCGUGUCUGGGGUGAAGCCCACGGGCCUCAGGAAGCGCACCUCCAGCAUCGCUGAUGAAGGCACUUACACAUUGGACUCCAUACUUCGGCAGCUCAACUCCUUCCACUCAGUCAUGUGCCAGCAUGGUAUGGACCCAGAGCUCAUCAAGCAGGUAGCCAAACAGAUGUUCUACAUCGUGGGGGCCGUCACCCUGAACAACCUCCUCCUGCGCAAGGACAUGUGCUCCUGGAGUAAAGGCAUGCAGAUCAGGUACAAUGUCAGUCAACUGGAGGAAUGGUUACGUGACAAGAAUCUGAUGAACAGCGGAGCCAAGGAGACCCUAGAGCCGCUCAUUCAGGCUGCUCAGCUUCUGCAAGUGAAGAAGAAAACGGAUGACGACGCGGAAGCCAUCUGCUCCAUGUGUAAUGCUCUAACCACUGCCCAGAUUGUCAAAGUAUUGAAUUUGUACACUCCAGUUAAUGAGUUUGAAGAAAGAGUCUCUGUAUCAUUCAUUCGUACCAUACAGGUGCGUUUACGAGACAGGAAGGACUCUCCUCAACUGCUUAUGGAUGCCAAGCACAUCUUUCCUGUCACCUUCCCUUUUAACCCAUCUUCCCUCGCCCUAGAAACCAUCCAGAUCCCGGCCAGCCUUGGCCUGGGCUUCAUCUCGCGGGUCUGAAAACAUGUCCAGGCAGACAGUGACAAGACAUUUCUUAAUGUCUGGACUUGAACCAUUUUUUUGUUUCCCCAGUGAGAUACUGAAAACAAAAUACAUUUUUAAAGAGAAGUACUAAUUAUCUCUCAAACGAAGAGUUAUUUAACUGGAAGUCUCCCUAGAAUGCUUCUGUCACUUGAAAGAAAAGAGGCUUUUUCUGUGCUGUGUUCUCUUUAAGCAUCCCUCAUCCUCAUUCAGUUGUAUCUCCUGAGUUCCUGCAUCUGAAUGAAGGAAGGAAGACAGGGAGGAAGGAAAGGAGCAAAAGAAAUAACAUGUCGCCAGUUGCCAGCCUUUAUUUUUCCACUGCAUUUAAAAGUGGCAUGACAAAUGUAAAUUCCAUAUAUAUGAACUAUUACUAGGAAGGUACCACUCCCAACCUCCUCUGAGCUGAACAGAACUAAAAGAAAAGUUGCCAUUGAGUACAUAUCAUUAGCAGUUUAGGAAGCAAUCAUGUUUGAGCUGGUCGACUAGAUCAAAGAAAGAAACUGGCAAUAUGUGGACUUGGUCGAGUAACUUCCACUAUAACUGACAGAUAGUGGAAGUAUUGGUUUGCUAUAGCAUAGAUGUCCGUCCACUUGUACUGUAGCUUACAGAGCAUCUUAACCAGCUGCUAGUUAUUAACAUGUAGAUGGUCUUUCUAUGGAGCACUAUAACAAUAAGCUUCUUUUAAUCGACUCUGUUUACAAUUCAGUGGGAUCGGUUUUGACUGGAUUAUAUGCAAAUAUCUAUACAUUCACCUGCACUAGUAGCCGUCACUGGACAUGUGUGACAAAAUGCUUGACACUUAGGGGUAGGUUUAGACAAAGUGGCUGUUGUUGACGUCAUUAUUUAUUCAACAUGUGUUACAUCAUUCAUUGUCCCUGCGUGGACAUGGCAUCAGGGUAUGGUGUUCUGUAAAGUGACUUAUUUUUUUUGUUCCCAGACUUGGAUUCCCACAGUGUGUAUCUUCAGCCUUGCCAGGUUUUCUUUCUGCUUCUUAAUUUAUUAAGAAAUGAAUCUCAGUCACUGUCUACAAAGGAUUAUCAGAUUAUUCAUGAUUCAGGUCUUAAAACUUUGAUUAUCCUAUUAAUAAUGCAAAAGAAGGUAUGUAAGAAAUAUUUAGUUAAAAUUCAGGUUUUUGAGGCUUUACAGUUUCUAGAAAUGUUCUCAGAUGCCACUAGAUACUUUAAUUUAAAAAAAGCAUCAUGUUAGAAAUACUUUAGGAAGAGUUAUAUAAGAAAUAUAAUAUUAUGGAAUUUUACAGAGGAUUUGGAUCAGUAAGACCCAGAUUCUUUAAGUCUUCAUUCUGAAAUUCUACUUAAACCUAUACUUUUUUUUCCUAGAAAACUUAUACAAGAAAUCUUCCAGGUUGUGCAAAACGUUAGCUUUCAAUAGAUACUGAUUUUAAUUGUAAUCAUAGAUUUAUAUAAUUUAACUCAUAGAUGGUCUACCAAAAUGAGAUAUCUUCUUAAAAUAUGUGCAAUAUUAUUUAUGGAAGUCAAACAGGUUCAAAUCAGUGAUAAAUAUUGUUAUUAAAAGAGGAAUACUGUCUGUUAACUUAUUUGAGCCUCACUUUCCUUGUUUACAAAAUAAGAGAGUUGAACAACUAAUUCUUUUUUUUUUUUCCUUUUUUU